AUGCCACAGUGGAAUAUGAAAGAAGGACUGCGACUCCGAUGGUCAAGGAGACCGCGAAAAGACAAUAGUUCGAAAGCAGAGAACUGUAGAGAGAAUCUAGGGAACCAAGCGAGCAGGAGUACAGAAGCAGAAGGCAGGCACCGAUUCAGAGUGCCCGACCUGCAGAGAUAUGAUGGAACCAAAGACCCCUAUGAGCAUAUUGCCGCGUUUGAGAUGGUGAUGAAUUUGUAUGGGCAGCCAGGUCCCAUAAUGGCGAAAUUGUUUGCUACUACUCUCACUGGAAAAGCGCAAGAAUGCAAGAAGAAACAAAAGAGGUCGGCUACACAUUUGUUUAACAUAUGUCAGAGGGAUGACGAGACCUUGAAAAGCUUCAUGGAAAGAUUCAGUAAUGAGACACUUGAACUUCAAGAUUUGAGAAUCCAUAUGAUUGUAAGCAUCUUAAUACACGGGCUGAAGAAGGGCCCCUUUACGUCUGCGCUCGCACGCGACCCCUCUAGUGAUGUGGAGCAGGUGAUGGCUUUGGCUCAGAAAUACAUAGACGAGGAAGAGAUGAAUGCGAUGAAAGAUUCUGAGCGAAGGGAAAGGGAGCAAGCAUAUAGGCGGCCGCAUGACACCAGAGAAGACGGUGGAAACAGGAUGAAGAGUGAUAAACCAAGGGAGCCGAAAUACCAGCCCAAGUAUCAUAAUUAUGCUCCAUUGAAUAUGUCUCGAGAAAAAGCUGUUUUGAUGGUGGAGAAUUGCGGCAAGGAUAUUUUCGCGAACAAGUUCCCAGUGGGUGCAAGAUUUGUAAAGACGAAGUCAGGAGGAGUCGAUCGAGAACGCAACCCAGGCCUUUCAAAGACAGAUAAGGUCCCAGCGAACAGAAGCAAUGCACCGACUAAAGGGGUCAUAUACACAAUUGUUGGCGGUUCGAGCGUAGGAGAUUCGCAGAGAACCCAGAAAAGGUGCGCAAGAACCUUAGGAUCGAGCAGAGAAAGGGAGUUUGUAUUGAAGGUGGAAGAAGAGGAAGCUAUCUCCUUUGAUAGCUCAGAUAGAGCAUAUGAAACCUAG